UGCCGUUGACCGACUCCUGUUUCUCUCUUUAAUUUUAAUUUAUUUUAUGUUUUUGUCACCAUGACUGCUCUUAGUCAUAUUCCUCUCUUCCUUAGCUGUCAACGUACCAAACUCCAAAAUUCAUUUGAUCAGUAUUUCAAUCAUCGAUCCAAGCAUCCAAAUUCCCAUCUGGGUUUUACUCUCUACCUCAGAAUCUUAAAUGGGUCGAAGGCAAAACGACCCAGAAUCCUCCCGGUUAACCUAUCUCAUCCUUCUUCUGAUGGGUUUUAUCUCCUGUGCUUUGGCCUACACAGUCCUCUCCUUAGUCCUAAAUCCCAAUGUUGGUUUUACGAAUUCAGGCUCUCAGUCUUUGGCAUUUAUAAAGGAGAGUUCAGAGGGUAAUGAUGGUGAUUGCUGUAGAGGGAUUGAGAAUUUGGAGCUAUGGGGGCCUGCAGUGAAGUGGGGUUCAGAGUUUAAGUUUAAUUCUUCCAAGGAGUGUUGCCAGGCGUGUAAGGCUAUGUGCAAUGGCAAUGAUGGACCUUGCUUGUGUGAUACUUGGGUUUUUUGUGGGAAUAAAAAGACUUGUGGAUCAAAAUUCGGUGAGUGUUGGUUGAAGAAACAGAAGGAUACAUUGACCCCUGAUCGGCAGGAAGCUGGUGACAAAGUUAGUUGGACUUCGGGACUCAUUUUCGGAAAAGGAGAGGGCAUUGUUGGCUUGGAAACAGAGUAUGGUACUCUGCAUAUAAAGCUGUUCCCUGACUGCGCUCCACAUUCUGUAGCUUACAUCCUUGAGUUGUUGGCAUUGCGCCAUUGUGCUGGAUGUGAAUUUUUCCGUGCUGAAAGCCGAGGCCAGCUUUGGGAUUUGGAAGGAAACCACAUAGAAAAUGCUUCUUUUGGCCCUCCUUUUGCUUUAAUUCAAGGAACAUUGGAAGCUCAAGGAACAACAUUCAAGAAAAUCCCAACCGAAGCUUGCCCAACUAUAAAAAGGGGUUCAGUUGCUUGGGUUGGUUCUAGCUCUGAAUUCUUAAUUAGCCUAGCCAACCACCAAGAAUGGAAAAAUGCAUACACAGUCUUUGGUUCUGUUCUUCCAGAAGACAUGAAAAUUGCUGAGAAAAUUGCCAACCUCCCAACCAAAUCAGAUGUUUGGAACAAUAUUAACGUGUCUGUCUUGGAAAAUCCUGUUCCCUUAAUGUUCCGGAGAAUAAAGUCUAAGUAAUGGAGAACUUAAUACGAAUGCCAAAUCAGAAUGAAAAGGUCCGAUUAUUCUGAAGAAUCGAUAUUUAGUGGCGAGGGACUUUAUACUAGUGUGAAAUGAUGGUGAAAAAGACUAUAACUGCAGAUUUUCCCUUUUAUUUGGUGUUUUUUUCGGUUUUGCUGGUUUUCUCCAACUGUACAUUAUUAAAUAUUGGUUGAUCUUGUCUCCACUCUGUAUACAAGAUAUGCUCCAUAAGCAUUACUCUGUGUUCUUUGAACCAUGACAUGUUGAAUUCAAA